AUGAAAACUGAUGCUUUGAGGAGAAGAAGUAUUGGUGCUUCCAGAAGUAAUGAUUUAAGCAUUUUACCUAACUUUACAAGAUUAACCAGCAAUGUUGUUGCUAAUAAUGGAGCUGUUCCACAACCUCAAAGUAAUAAAAACGAGUCUAACUAUAUUUUAAUUGAUCUUGAUAUUAUUGUACAAAUUAUUACCUUAGUUGGAACAUGCCCUGACUGUGAGAGCAAGUCUAUCAACUUAAAUAUAGAUCAUAAAAAUAAAAAAGGUUUAAGUUCAUUGUUGAUAUUGAACUGCAGUGAGUGUUUAUGGAAAACAAAGUUCUAUACCAGUAAAAAAGUUUCAGAUAAAACUUUUGAAAAAUCUUUUGAUAUAAAUUUACGUUCUGUAAUUGCAAUGCGUGAAGUUGGAAAAGGACACAGUGCAUUAGAAAAAUUAUGUGCUCUUGAGUUUACAUUAAGAGAUGAUACUGGGAUUUCAAAUAUUACUGUUUCUUGUGAUGGUACAUGGCAGAAACAAGGACAUAACUCUUUAAAUGGUAUAGUAACUGUUGUUGCGGUUGAUACAGGCAAAUGCCUUGACUAUCGUGUUCGCACAAAAAAAUGUAAAGCUUAUGAACUCUGGGAGGAUAAGUUUAACUCUGAUGAGUAUGAAGAGUUUUUGCAAAAACAUAACAAUAACUGCUGCCUCAAUCAUAUUGGAUCUGCUGGAUCUAUGGAAGCAGCAGGACUUGUGGAGUGUUUUAAUGCUUCUGUUUUAGAAAGAAAAUUAAGAUAUAUAAAUUAUCUUGGAGACGGUGACUCUAAAGCAUUUUCAGAUGUUCAAAAACAGAAUCCAUAUGAUGGAAAAGAAAUAACCAAGCUUGAAUGUGUAAGUCAUAUUCAAAAACGAGUUGGAUCAAGACUAAGAAAGUUAAAAACAACUAAUAAAAGCUUAUUAAGUGAUGGUAAAAAAUUAGGGGGAGUUGGUCGUCUAACAGACAAAAAAAUUAACAAGUUACAAAAUUAUUUUGGAAUUGUGAUUCGUCAAUGCUGUGGUAAAUCUGUAUAUGAACUAAAAAAGGCUAUUGGAGCUGUAUUAUUUCAUUGCUUUGAGGCUUCAUCAUUUGAUGUAAGACAUGCAAUGUGUCCUCGAACUAUUGAUACUUGGUGCAAAUAUCAAGCAGACAGAAUAAAUAAAACAAACGUUUAUAAAGAAAAACCAGGUCUGCCUACUGUUAUUAGGGAUAUAAUCAAACCAAUAUUUAUUGACUUAUCUGAUGAAAACCUGUUAAAAAGGUGCCUUCAUGGAAAAACUCAAAACAACAAUGAAGCCUUGAAUGCAAUAAUUUGGAAGCGGUGUCCAAAAGAUAUUUAUGUGGGACAAACUGCUUUGGAGAUAGGUGCAGCAUCUGCUGUUACUAAUUUCAAUGAAGGAUUAGCUGGUAUACUAAAUGUUUAUUUAGAGCUUGGUAUGAAUCCUGGUAAAAACUGUAUUACAUUUUGCAAUCAAAGAGAUAAUCAAAAAAUUAAAAAUAUAGCAAAAAAAUCGACUGGUAAGGUAAAGCAACGUCAGAAACAAAUUAGGGCAAAACGAAAAGGUUAUAGCGAUCAAGAUGAAGAAAGAGAAGGAAUAGCUUAUGGUCCUGGAAGUUUUUAG